AUGGGUGCCAGGGCUGAAAGGAAGAUGCUGGAACGGGAAUCAGCUGAGGUCUGGUAUACCAACAAGCUGCGGCAGGAGUUGCAAGGCCUCAAAGUGAACAUGCAGGACCAGGACCUGCUGAGCCCAGCCGCCCACCGGGACCUGAGGGCCCUGCAGAGCAGUGGGAUCGAGAGCAUUCACUACCCAGACUUCCUCGUUCAGAUCCAGAAGCCUGUGCUGAAGACCGACGUGGAGCAGCUGGCCCAGGAGCUGGAAGGACUGGCCCAGGCACAAGGCAGUUCUGUGCUGGGGCAGCAACUGCAGGAGGAGGCCCAAGGACUCAGAAACCUCUAUCAACAGAAGGUCAUGCCCCAGCAGAACCUCAUGGCGAAGCUCAACCUCAGUGUCAGGGCCCUGACGUCCUCUGCCCCAAAGCUCCAGCUGGAGACCUCAGACGUCCUAGGCAAUAUCACUCACCUAAAAGGAGAGCUGCCUGCCUGGGCCACCUGCAUCAUAAGGAAUGUAAGCGAGUGUGUCCUGAGCCAGGAGAUGGGCUACUUCUCCCAGUACGUGGCCUGGGUGAGAGAGGAGGGGACUGAGUGCAUCAUCCCCUGCCAGCCCCUCUCUGGAGCCCUGGACAAUGGCCGUGUGAUCCUGUGUGACAUGAUGGCUGACCCCUGGAACGCCUUUUCAUUCUGCCUGGGCUGGUGCAACUUCUUCCUGAUCCCUAGCAUCGUCUUCGCUAUCAAAACCGCCAAAUACUUCCGUCCCAUCCGGAAACGCCUCAGCUCCACCAGCUCUGAGGAGACUCAGCUCUUCCACAUCCCCUGGGUCACCUCCGUGAAGCUGUAG